AUGCCUGUGGCCCAGGGGUGGAAGCGAAUUUCAGACAUUCCUUCGGCCCCGCGCGAUGAGCAGGAGGCCGAUAUCAUCCUCGACAACGUUGGGCCAUCAGGAGAAUGUCCGGCCGCCAGAUGGCGGGCCACGUGCCCGUUGCAGGCGGCCUUUGGAGCUCUGCUGCUCGCGUGCAUACUGGCGGCGACGGCCGGCGCGAUUGCCACCAGAGGGCCGCACGCGGUGUGGCGCAGCAGCGACCCAGCGCACCUUAGGCGGUUGAAUAAGGGAGACCAGCCUGUGGAUUGGUCCAGGAACCCGUUCUUGCGGCGAGUUGGCGAGGGGGACAUCGCAGACGACAUCACCGCCGCGUUCUCCGUCAGGGGUGGCUCCGCGGCGCCACCGGCGGGGAGUGGAGCUGGGAGGCCCACCUUCUCCGUCGGGUCCUUCCUCAGUGAGGGUGGUGGUGCUGAUGGCACGGCCGAGGCUCAAGGCGACGAGGAGAGUCGCGCGGCGCUGCCACGGGAGGAGCCCCGGGACGAGCGCAGCUUCGGGUGGGCGUUUCCGAAGGCGGGCAGCGCAGCGGAUGGCGAGAGGGACCACAGGGCCUUCGAGAAGCUGAUUGAGGAUCUGCCCAGCUCACGGCGCCUCGCUCGUGGUGCUUUCUCGUAG